UCAUUUCAUUUCCUCCUAUGAUGCUCAUCCUCUGAAAUUAAAACACAUUUGUUUAGUAUAUCUUCUGGCUGUAUUCUGUUAUCCAACAUGUUUCUAUCAUCCCCUCUCCAGCAGCAGGGGAGCCAGGUGUCGUCAGGAGUCGACCCACAGAGAGAGCACUGGUACGGGUCAGAAGAGUUCCUCGCUCUCCCCGCUCAGCUCCGGAAAACUGAGAUGCUCGCCAUGAAGCUGGAGAGCCUGGCUCACUCACUGCCAACGAGGCCCGGUGGAUGUGAUUCUACCCAGGAUGCUUUGCAAGAUGUGGACGACUGGGAAUUGACGGAGUUGAACCAGGACUGGGAGCUGGACGAGAUGCCUUCUCUUCUGCCACCGCUGCUUCCCUUCAGACGCAACCUGGUGAGCCGCUUUAGCUCCGCCUCCUCCAGCGAUAUCGCUCCCUCAUUGGACGAGAGCAUGGAGUCUGGACCGCUGAGUGACCUUCAGUCUGAAGAAGACGAGGGCCGAAGAUCUACGGAGCGCCGCAUGAACCUGACAGCAAGCAGAGAUUACAAAACUCUGACAGCGCCCCCGGUGGACAUGCGUGGAGGUGCGUCUCUGGUACAGCGGCUGCUCCAGGACCUCCAGAACCAGGACCUCCAGAACCAGGACCUCCAGAACCAGGACCUCCAGAACCAGGACCUCCAGAACCAGGACAAAGACCCGGACGUCUGGAAGAAGAUCGAG